AUAUUAUGCUAUGAGUUUUCCACAACAUUCAAACAAGUCAAAUAAUCACCGCAAUGUCUCAAUUUACUUUGUAUUCUCUCAGAGGAGGUCCUAACCCUUGGAAGGUAGUUCUCAUUAUGAAAGAAUUGAAUCUUUCUUAUGAAACACGCUUUUUAGAUUUUUCAAAGAAGGAACAAAAGAGUGCAGAACACAUUGCCCUUAAUCCCAAUGGAAGAGUUCCCACAUUAGUGGACCACGCUAACAACGACUAUACCGUCUGGGAGAGUGAUGCUAUCCUUCUGUACUUAACGGACAAGUAUGAUACUGAGAGACGCAUCUCCUUGGCCCACGAUCACCCCGAAUAUCAUCACGAGCUUCAAUACCUGUUCUUCCAGGCUUCUGGUCAGGGUCCAAUGUUUGGUCAAGCCGGAUGGUUUAACCACUAUCAUGAUGUGCCCAUUCCUUCUGCCGUUGUCAGAUACAGAAACGAAAUCAAGCGCGUUCUUGGAGUGUUGGAAUUGAUUUUCGAGCGUAAGGAGUAUCUGGUGGACAAUAGAUGCACAAUUGCGGACUUGUCAUUCAUCCACUGGAACAAAGCUCUUACUCGAAUUUUUGGUGAAGGAAAGUUCCAAUUCACUGAGGAACUUCCAACGCUUGACUUUGAGAAAGAAUUCCCUAAGACGUAUGCUUGGCAUCAACGCCUCCUUGCACGACCUGCCGCCGUCGCAACUACUGAGGAAUAUAACAAGUCCCAGAUUUAAUUGUCAACAUUUUUGCAUUAACAUGUAAUGACAUGACUAGCAGCAAGAAACUAACUUUUUUUCGCACAUUGAUCAUUCAUUUAAGUUGUGUUUCCUAGUCAAUUCCUGUGUCAUGACCACCGUCUCUGCCUGUUCUGAAGAAUAGUGUAAUUGCUAUAACUAUCGACUACUGUUGCUUGAAUAGAAUUGUACUCUCAAUGAAAAAGCCAUAAUACCCC